AUGGGUCUCAAGUCUAACGUCCCAAAACACGAUGGUGCUUCCCUUCAGAAAGAUAGUACAGCUGGGCUGGCACCCGGUUGGAAGUCCCUCUUCAGUUUUACAACCCGAAGACACCUGCCGACCCUUCUCAUCGGAGUCGUCCUUGCCUUGCUUGCUGGAUGCGUGACACCAGUCUUGGCCAUCUUCCUAGGAAACGCCUUCGAUGCGUUUACAUCCUUCGGAGCGGGUCAAAUUGCUAUCAAUGGGCUUCGCAGCAAGGUCGUUGCUAGCUGCUUUGGCAUGCUCGGACUAGGGGCGGCUGGCUGGUUUCUCAAUAGUGCAUACUUUGCAGUAUUUGUCGCAUUUGGAGAGCUACAGGCUUCGAAUAUCCGGAGCAAGGUCUUUACUGAACUGAUUCAACGUGAUGUCGAAUGGUUCGAGGCCCAGCAAGAAGGUUCGGGGGCUUUCCUAUCUGCAGUCCAGGCUCACAUCCAUGAACUUCAAAUGGCAACAUCCCAACCUCUGGGGCUGCUUCUGCAGUAUCUCUGUCGUUCAUUGGCAUCUCUGGGGUUAGGAUUCUAUACUUCCUGGAGUCUAUCGUUGGUAACAUUGGCUGGAAUUCCAAUAUUCUCGUCCAUCAUUGUCUUCCUGUCCAUACGAAUGAAGCCCAGCAUCAAAGACCAACAGGAAGAACUUACACAGGCUUCAAAAGUUGCAAGCAAUGCCAUCAAUUCUAUCGACGGAGUCAAAUGUUUCAAUGGCCAAAGAAUUGAAUCUUGGAGCUUCUCCAGUCGGAUCGAGAAGGCCGCUAUCCACUACCUCCGGCAAGCCAGACUCAAUUCUUUGCAGAUUUCCUUCGUUAGGUGGAUGAUGUUUGGCAUGUUCGUCCAAGGUUUUUGGUACGGCAGCUCCCUUGCACGAGCCGGAAAGAUCACGUCUGGUGAAGUUCUAAGAACUUUUUGGGCGUGCUUAACUGCAGCCCAGUCUAUUGAGCAAGUACUGCCACAGAUGAUCGUGUUGGAGAAAGGAAAAGUUGCCAGUGCCAUGCUCAAGUCAAUCGUGGACCUGAAAACACAGGAGAGGGUUGUCAGUGAGACCAAAGGAACAUUGUGUCCUGAACACUGUGAGGGCGAUAUCGAGGUGAACAAUGUUUCCUUCUCAUACCCGUCCCAGCCGGAUCGUGUCGUUUUGAAACCGUCGACAUUCUUCUUCCCGGCCGGAGAGACGACCUUUGUCAUUGGCAAGAGUGGCUCUGGAAAAACCACGCUUGGUCAGCUGUUAAUGCGAUUCUAUCCACCUACGUCAGGCGAGAUAUUAAUUGACGCGAACCCCAUUGACGCACUCAAUGUUAACUGGGUUAGAAACAACAUCACGCUAGUAGAACAACGCAGCGUGCUGUUCAAUGACUCCAUAUUGAGGAACAUCGCCUUCGGUCGUCACGAUUAUGACAUAGUGUCAAUAGAAGACGUUCAAAACUCUAUCGACGUGGCAAUGCUGAGAAGCGUUCUCGAGAGUUUACCGGAGGGCCUUGAUACAUGCGUUGGCCCUGGUGGAAAUCUUCUGAGCGGUGGCCAGAAACAACGGGUUGCGAUCGCCAGAGCCAGGUUGCGCGACACGCCCAUUUUGAUCUUGGAUGAACCCACCAGUGCUCUUGAUACUGUAAACCGAGUGGCCAUGAUGAAGGCGAUCCGCGAGUGGCGUAGUGGAAAGACAACCAUCAUCAUCACUCACGAUAUGUCCCACAUCACUGAGCAAGACUUUGUCUAUAUUCUCGAAAAUGGCACGAUCGUACAGAGUGGGUACAGAGAAACUGUGGAGAAACAAUCUGGGAGUGAAAUGUACUUUCGCAUCCCGGCAGAUGAAAGCCAGAAAGAUGACAAUUUGCGAAAAGAAUCUGGGGAGAGGGGCGAUUAUGGCCUUUCUUGGGAAGAGUCAUCCAGUCAAAGAUUGCGAAUUAGGCCUUCUACGGCUCUGACGGCACGCCAUAAUCCCAGAGAAAUAUUGGCUCAAAAUCAUGCACGCUCCAGUUCACGGUCAGGUACCCGAAACUCAGCCGCGAGGAGAGAUGAUGCUUUCUCCGUCGACGACACUAUGCUGAACAUAUCAUACGAUCUCAGCAAACGUGGUUCUUUACUGGGUAUUCCCAGAAGGGAGAUGUCACCGGUACGGCCGGCCUCUUACUACUCAAGACCAAUUGAAGAAUUUGAGAUGGUCCAAAUCGACCGCAAUUUCCUAGAUGGCCACUCAACUCGUACGUUGUCAUACGAGUCCGCUCCCAAUCUCGAAUCAAAACGCCCAAGAGUUAUUCAAAAAAGCAAAGUCUCCAAGUCGCGGAAGAAACCAAACAAAAAGAGCAUGACUUCACUAUCUCACAUCAUGGGCACCAUUGUGCCUACACUGACCCCAAAACAACGUGUCAUUUUGUUUCUAGGAGUCGCCUCGGCCCUGGCUCACGCCAGUGCGACACCAAUAUUUUCCUAUUGUCUAUCACAACUGUUUAGCACAUUCUACGCCGGCACCAACAGCGCCAGGUUAACAAUGACAUGGUCAUUGGCUGUACUCGGAGUCUCUAUUGGAGACGGUCUGGCUUCUUUCUUCAUGCAUUACUUUCUAGAAUAUUGUGGCGAAGCAUGGAUGGACACACUUCGGAAAAAGGCAUUCGAGCGAGUACUCGACCAACCUCGAGCCUGGUUUGAGCAAGACGGAAACAGCUCUUUCAGGCUCACGGCCUAUCUGGAUCAGAAUGGCGAGGACAUGCGAAACUUACUUGGCCGCUUUGCUGGAUUCGUGAUCGUUGCUGCCUCCAUCACAGUGAUGGCAAUUAUCUGGAGUUUGAUUGUAUGCUGGAAGUUGACUCUGGUGGCUCUGGCUUGUGGGCCUCUCAUUUACGCGAUUACUCGGGGGUUUGAAGGCGUCAAUGGUAUUUGGGAGCAUCGGUGCAGCGAAGCCAGUGCGGUUGCCACGGAUAUCUUUACGGAAACCUUUGCGGAGAUUCGCACCGUGAGGACUCUGACACUGGAGAGUUACUUUCAUAACAAGCAGGCUGACGCCAUCUCGAAAUGCUUGGCCGUGGGUUUGAAACGGGCUGGCUACACGGGUCUGCUUUUCGGCAUGCUGGAGUCGACAUUCAUGUUUGCGAGUGCAUUGAUCUUCUAUUAUGGUGCCGUGCUCGUAGCAUCCGAGUUUACAGUCAAUGAUGUGAUUAUGGUGUUUUCACUGUUGCUUUUCAGCAUUGGAUAUGCAGCUCAGAUCUUAUCGUGGAUUCCUCAAAUCAACACCUCUCGCGAGGUCGCAACCCAGCUUCUUAGGCUUGUCAAUCUUCCCGAAACGGACUCGUAUGAACACCAGGGCGAUAUUAAGCUCUCCAAGCUCACUCCCAUUCAACUUUCCAAUCUGAACUUCAGAUAUCCCUCCAGACCUGAUACCACUGUCUUGAAGAAUGUGUCAGUCACAAUCGGCCAGAACUCUUGCACCGCGAUCGUUGGCCGCUCCGGCUCGGGCAAGUCAACCAUCGCCUCGUUGCUACUGGCACUUUAUGAAGCGCCCAUGUCCAAAGAUGGCCGAGCUACGGUGAAACUCGGCGGAGAAGAUAUAUCGCGCUUACACAUUCCAACACUAAGAUCCCACAUAUCCAUUGUGUCACAGCAGCCGAUUAUUUUCCCCGGAACAAUCUACGCCAACAUCAGCUACGGACUCGCUGACCGAGCAUCCGUCCACAACGUGCGUGUCGCGGCGGAAGCAGCCGGCAUUGACGAGUUCAUCCUAUCCCUUCCAAACGGAUACUUCACAGUCAUCGGCGAUGGUGGCAUUGGAUUGUCGGGCGGCCAGAAGCAGCGAUUGGUCAUUGCGCGUGCUCUGGUUCGUGAGCCUCAAAUCCUCAUCCUAGACGAGGCCACGUCCAGUCUUGAUCCCUCGGGAGCGGAGAUUGUCCGUCAGACAGUGCAGAAGCUUGUAGCUACCCGGAAUGACCUCACAGUGAUUAUCAUCACCCAUGCGAAGGAGAUGAUUGAAAUUGCAGAUCAUGUGGUUGUUCUCGAUCAAGGGGCUGUCGUGGAGGAUGGGUCCUAUCGAGAUCUCGCGCAGCGAGUGGGUGGGAGAUUAUAUGGGUUGAUGAAUGACCCUGAGCAAGCGUAG